CAAAGCUGUUAACGUUUCUUUACCGGUCACCAACGGUGGUGCGUCGUUACACACAGCCACACAGUAGCAGAUCUCUGAGUGUUCACCAACGGUAGUUGUUUGUUCCCACCUGAAAAAAAAAAAAUCAGAUCGAAACCCUAAUCAAGCUCAAAUUGAAUCCAAUUUAGGAGUUCUCUUAAUUAAUUUCGACAAUGACGUCGUCUGAAGUUCAAUCAGACGACAACUCAUCACCGGUCGCUAGUCUUCUCCCGCUGGCCUCCGCCUCGCAGCAGCCUUACGUCUCUGAACUCCUCUCUUUCACCCUCGACCGCCUCCACAAGGAGCCGGAGCUAUUGAGAGUAGAUGCGGAGAGGAUACGGAGGCAGAUGCAAGAGGUGGCGGUGGGGAACUACCGUGCUUUCAUUUCUUCUGCUGAUGCCUUGCUUUCUAUUAAAGAGGAAGUUUCCUCGAUCGAUAAACACCUCGAGUCUUUGAUAUCUGAAAUCCCAAAGUUAUCGUCUGGUUGCUCUGAGUUCGUUGACUCUGCAGAACAAAUAUUGGAGAAGAGGAAGAUGAACCAAACUCUUCUGGCAAACCAUAGUACUUUGCUUGACUUGCUUGAAAUUCCUCAGCUGAUGGACACAUGUGUACGGAAUGGCAACUAUGAUGAAGCUCUGGAUUUAGAAGCAUAUGUUGCUAAGCUAUCGACAAUGCAUCCAAAAUUACCAGUUAUUCAGGCACUUGCUGCUGAAGUUCGGCAGACCACACAGUCUCUUCUUUCUCAACUCCUCCAAAAACUUAGAUCAAACAUUCAGUUACCAGAGUGUCUCCGUAUCAUUGGAUACUUACGACGAAUAGGAGUAUUCAGCGAGUAUGAAAUGCGCCUACAGUUUCUCAGAUGUCGUGAGACAUGGCUUGCUGGAAUUCUUGAUGACUUAGACCAGAGAAAUGCUUAUGAAUAUUUAAAAGGGAUGAUAAGCUGUCAUAGGACACAUCUUUUUGAUGUUGUUAACCAAUACCGAGCCAUCUUCGCUGAUGAUACAUCAGGAAGUGAAGAAAACUAUGAUGGUGGACUUCUCUUUAGUUGGGCCAUGCAUCAAAUAUCCUUACACCUUAAAACUCUUAAGAUCAUGCUACCAAAGAUAACUGAAGGAGGAUCUUUGUCCAACAUUUUGGAACAAUGCAUGUAUGGUGCCAUGGGAUUGGGCUGGGUUGGAUUGGAUUUUCGAGGCUUACUUCCUCCACUCUUUGAAGAGGCAGUUCUCAAUUUAUUCUCCAAGAAUAUGAAUACAGCAGUUCAGAAUUUUCAGCUAGUACUUGAUGCUCAUCGCUGGGUCCCGCUACCAGCUGUUGGCUUUCCUUCCAGUACAUUUGGUGAAGAAAGUCAGGAAGAUGUUAAUCCUCCUCCAAAUUUAAUGGAGCAUCCACCUCUUGCUGUUUUUGUGAAUGGUGUAUCUGCAGCAAUGAAUGAAUUGCGUCCCUGUGCUCCAUUGAGUUUGAAGCGCAUUCUUGCACAGGAAUUAGUGAAGGGGUUGCAGGGUGUCUCUGAUUCUCUAUUGAGAUACAACACAACCAGGAUGCUCAGAGAUAAUGAGUCUAUACUUUUCCUUGCACUCUGUAGAGCGUUUCUUGAGGUGAAAUCUAAGGAAUUUUGUCCUGACAUUGUUGGUGUUCCCAGGAAUCUACCUAGUAUUUUUUAUAGAUUUUACAUGAGUUUUUCUUCACCUACAUGCUGUCAGUUUUGGAGGGACAAACUUUAUGAAUGUUGA